AUGAGCACUAUCAAGCUGAAUGCAGCAUCGGAACACGUCGGACAAAGCGUGCAAUUUAUUGCGGCUGUGCAACAAAUUGCAACAGGAAAAAAAGUGCUGGUGGCGCGUCAGCGCGUCCAGGCGUGUCAUGUCCUCUAUGUCGGUGACGCUAGUCGGCAAUUCUUCAAGGUCACAUGCUGGGGAGAGACCAAGCCCACGUUACUUCAUUCAUCGUCAUCGUCAGAAGACUCGAAUCCUUUGCAAUUGUCAAGCGUGGAUGCGAUGUUACAGAUUGGAGACAUCGUCUUUUUCUCAUCCUGCUGCAUUAAAUCUUAUCGGGGUAAUGUGGAAGCACAAUUUGUCUUGUGCAAGGAUAAAUCCACGACGUCGUCGACGGUGCAAUUACUGUAUCGAAAAGAUCGCUAUUUCAGUACGCAGAAUGUUUCUUUGAAGGAUCUAUAUCCGAUGAUAUCGUGGUAUAAGCAAAGCUGUCGAGAAUUUACGUUUGAGGAAGGAGUGUCACCAAAAGGGAGAAGAAACAAAUGUUUAAUCAAAGACCUGAAAGAUAAUAUGGUAGCUUGUGUUGUCUGCAAGCUGCGAAAAUUUGGUGACGAUGCUGGACGACUUACCAUUAGUGAAGGAGGUGUUGCUACAGAAUUAGACGGCGUACUGCUAUGCGAGCUCAUUAUGUUUGACUCUCCCCGAGAUAUGAUGACUUUGAAUCUCUGGGACCAGCAUGCUGAUAAACGGUUUGUUGAUCGUUUAUUAAGGCAUCGUGGUGCCAUUGAGAUUAAUGGUAUAGUUGUUAGUCUUCAAGCACUAUCCAAUCGGCUGUUUGCGAAUACCACACCUCACACAGUAUUUCAUUUAUUGAAAUUGGAAGACCUGGAGUCAAUCGAACUGGAAAAUAAAAUUAAAAAUUUUGAGAAGCCAUUCCCGACCGAAAUGAUCCCUUCUGGCUCAACGACGUUCGCAACUCUUGAUGAGAUAGAAGGGUGUUUGUUCGAAGGUAAAGCUAUUUUGAAAAAUGUUCAGGUGGAACAGAUAUGUUUUGACCGUUUUCUCGGGAGUAAAUCAAGUGUGUUACCAAAGUUUGCUCAACAGUUAGUGGAGAUGUAUUGUAUCGGGUGUAAUCAAGCGCUUUCAAAGCUGCCUGUUUGUGAUAGCACUAUUAUACUUCGCUUCGGAGCUUGUGCAAGCAAGUGCAAGUCUCAUCAAGAUAACUCUCUAGAUGCCCCAUGUUGCUGGAGAUAUCGACCUUUUUCAAUUACUUUGCGUGAUAUUAGGAAUGAAAGAUUGCAAGUCGAAGUCAAUGAUCAGGCAAUUAAAGAAUUGGUGGGAAAUAUUGAAGCAGGUGUUGUUGCUGAGUCGUACGACAGCAAAGAUCAAGAAAUUAUUUUGCCUCAUUUUGACGCUGCGUUCGCUGUAGCUUCGUUACUCAAUGCCCUGAUGCAUGAGCAGCACAUGCAGUCUGCCACUCUCAUUUUAGAUAACAUAAAUUUGCAACUGAUGUCAUGGGGUGGGUCCGUUCAAUUUCUUAUUCAUUCGACCGUAUCAAUUUAUGAUGAUGUGGCCAAAGAGAUGCAUGGAAACGUGAGACUUGUUAAUUCAAUUAAAGGUUGUGUCAAUGCCGUAUCGUUACAUAGCAGUUGA